ACGCAACUGGCUGGAUCUGGCAUUUGCGUCUGAGUUGAGUCGUCUUUGCCUUCGCCUAGUCGCCUCCUCGUCUGUGACCAAACCCUAGCCAAUCGCCGCCCUCUUCGGCGCCGCCGACGACAGAGCCAUGGAGAGCUGGGCGAGCUGGUUCGGCACGGGCGUCACCUCUGCCUUCUUCGCCUCCCUCGAGCGCUGCUCCUGCAUCAACCUCUCCACCGACGACGACGACGACGACGAAGCCGCCGCCGAGGCCCACGACCGCCCCCUCAUGCUCGCCCCCCCCACCUCCGACAACCACCAGGACGCCGCCGCCGCCGAUGGCAACAAGGUGGAGGACCCUCCUCUUCCACCCGUAUGACUGUCGAAUUCGCUCGUGCGCUUACGGCUUACUGUUCCAUCUGUGUUGUGGAGGCUCGUCUCUGUUGUGUGUUUCUGAUCUGAUGAACUGGUGGUGUUCGUGGCCGAAUAAAUCGUGUCCUUUUAGUUGAUAUCCAUGUUUAAUUGGUUCUAUGUGCCUAUGACUGUUCCUGUGAAUAUUGUGCCGUCGUGUUAUUUCGUAGCGGAUCUCGCUAUAUAUAUUAGUUAAUUGCUAUCUUGUGACUAUCUUGCAA